GGAAUCUGAGUCUCCCGCUUCCGGCCAAAAAUACAACCCAACACUGGCAUCUCUUUACCACCAUCUGUGUCCCUCUCCUAAGAUACUACUUACCACAAUCUCCUUAUACCCUCUCCAACCAUUUUCGCCUAGGCUAACAUUUACCAACAUGGCGCCCGGCUCGAGCCGCAGCGUCUUCGUGGGCAACAUUCCCUUCAAUUUGAGCGAGGAGAACAUCGUCAAGAUUCUGAGCUAUGCGGGAACGGUCGUCAAGUUCAGGCUUAUGACGAACCCAGAAACCGGCAAAUCGAAAGGCUUCGGCUUCGCAGAUUUCCAAGACGCAGAUUCCGCCGCAAAUGCGGUUCGCAACCUGAACGACUUUGAGAUCGAUGGACGCAAGAUCCGAGUUGACUGGCCUCACAAUAACGAGAAAGACGCUCCUCCCACGAACUACGAUCAGACGAACGCCCCUGGCGGCGACAGCAUGCAAGGCUCAGGCGCUGGCGCUCUUCCUCCCAUGCCCGCCGGUGUUGAUCUGCCUCCGAAUCUCAGAUGCACAGAUGCCAUUUCACAAACGCUCUCGACUGUCCCACCACCGCAACUUCUCGAUGUCCUUACACAAAUGAAAGCAUUAGCCAUCUCCGACCCGGCGAAAGCGACCUCCCUCCUCAAAGCCGCACCACAACUGUCCUUUGCCAUAUUCCAAGCUCUCAUCCUGAUGAAUCUGGUCGAUCCUAAAGUUUUGGCACAAGUGGUAGAACAAGCCGCCGCGAGACCGCCCCAGCCAGCAGCACCUCUUCCUCCUCCACAACCUACUCCGCAACAAUACCCCGGCUAUCCUGUUGUCCCUGGACAAAUGCCUCCUAGACCGGCUCAACCUUACACACCUACUCCAGUACAACAACCGCAGCCUCCGGCGCCACAGCCUGUUUUGACACAACAAGAGAUGAUUCAGCAAGUGUUGGCCAUGGAUCAAAGAACGAUAGACUCGUUUUCGCCCGCUGAGAGGGCUCAAAUCAUGCAGAUCAGAGCGCAGAUGGGUGUGAGAUGAGAGGAAAGAAGCUGGAUCACAUAACUUACUCUACACGCCGAGUUCUCCCGCCGAGUGAAAAGAUGAUCCUGUCGCGCAGCGACACUACAGCGCAUUAUUCAGCUGGCCGACACGUCCAUCCCAGAUAUCCGCUACACAUAGCCUGCAGCUGUGCAAAGGCUGAAUGAAACUAGUUCACCCACCUGCUGCGUGAGCGUAAGGUUGCGCCUUGCUAUGCCUCCUCACAUAUCAUGAAAGUCAGCCAAGCCGACUAAAAGAUUGUGGCAUGAGGAGUCACGUAGUGUCACUCUUGGUGUUCCUUGCGUGUGCGCGUCAGGUUGUUGAGAAUGGAACCAACAGAAAGCGCGGCGACAAAGGCAGAGCCAGAUUGGAGGCAUGAAGCGGUUGGCACGACCCACGACAAUAUCGGCAGACUUUAGAUGAAAGUAGGUCAUAGUAUCAGGUGACGAAAUGAAUAAGAAUUGAAUCUUUGCGUGCGAUGAUGCCGCGAAGAAAAUCUAUUUGCACAGUGCAAACCAAUCAAGGGUAUCAAAGUCU